CUGGUGAGUGAUUCAACAUACAAGACCUCCGUUCUCAUCGUUAACCGCCGUGUUAUCCCGAAAUCGAGAGGAGCAAAGCAUUAUCUUGGUCCUUUGCCUACGAGGCUACGAAUCAAGAUGGCUCCUCACAAGGAUACGUUCUUCCGCUCGGCGGAGAUGUCCUUGACCCAGCUCUACAUCGCCAACGAGAUAGGGCGUGAAGUCGUCAGCGCCCUUGGAGAGCUCGGUGUCAUGGACUUCCGAGAUCUGAACUCGGAAACAACUGCCUUUCAGCGAACGUUUACCCAAGAGAUCCGCCGACUUGACAACGUAGAACGCCAGCUGCGAUAUUUCCAUGCCCAGAUGGACAAAGCGGCUAUUCCGAUGAGAUCCAUCUAUGAAUUCAACAAUACCUUCGCUGCUCCCACCGCCUCCGAAAUCGACGAGCUGAGCGAAAGGGCCGGAAGCUUGGAAAACCGUAUUGCAUCCUUAAACGAGAGUUACGAGACUCUGAAGAAGCGUGAAGUAGACUUGACGGAGUGGCGUUGGGUGCUUCGUGAAGCUGGGGGCUUCUUUGACCGAGCUCGAGGACAGACCGACGAAAUCCGCCAUUCUGUCGAUGACGACGAUGCUCCUCUUCUUCGCGACGUCGAACAGCCUACGUUGUCCGGUGAUGCCCAAGGGGAGGCAUCAUUUUCGGUAAUGAAUAUUGGGUUCGUGGCUGGCGUGAUUCCUCGAGAGCGUAUGCCAUCCUUCGAACGUAUCCUCUGGCGAACGCUUCGUGGGAAUCUCUACAUGAACCAAUCCGAGAUUCCAGAGCCUAUCAUCAACCCCGAGACCAACGAAGAAAUCAGCAAGAAUGUGUUCGUCAUCUUCGCUCAUGGAAAGGAAAUCAUUGCCAAGAUUCGCAAGAUCUCCGAGUCUCUCGGUGCCGACUUGUACAACGUUGAUGAAAACAGCGAGCUACGUCGUGACCAAAUACAUGAGGUCAACUCUCGCCUUAGUGACCUGGAAUCUGUCUUGCGGAAUACAAAGACGACUCUUGACGCUGAGCUCACUGCAAUCGGUCGAAGCCUUGCUGCCUGGAUGGUGAUCGUUAAGAAAGAGAAGGCGGUUUACGAGACCAUGAACAAGCUGUCGUACGAUCAUGCUAGGAAGACGCUCAUCGCUGAAGCCUGGUGUCCUACAAGCGGUCUGGGAUUGAUCAAGUCGACUCUGCAGGAUGUGAACGAUCGCGCUGGGCUUUCGGUUCCUACCAUCGUCAACCAGGUCCGCACAACCAAGACACCGCCCACAUACGUCAAGACGAACAGGUUCACUCUGGCGUUCCAAACCAUCAUCGAUGCUUAUGGCACCGCCAAGUACACCGAAGUCAAUCCUGGUCUUCCUACAAUCGUCACCUUCCCAUUCCUGUUCGCCGUUAUGUUCGGCGACUUUGGACAUGGCCUCAUCAUGACCCUCGCUGCCUGUGCGAUGAUAUUUUUUGAAAGGAAGCUUCUCCGAAGCAAAUUGGACGAGCUGUUCUCGAUGGCAUUCUAUGGCCGAUACAUCAUGCUCAUGAUGGGAAUUUUCUCGAUCUACACCGGUCUCAUUUAUUGUGACGCAUUCUCCAAAGAACUGGCCAUCUUCCCUUCCAUGUGGAAGUGGCCAACAGAUUUUGAAGUGGGCGACAGUGUUCAGGCAACGCGUGUAGAGGGCUAUACCUAUCCAUUUGGCCUGGAUUGGGGCUGGCAUGACACGGAGAACGAUCUCUUGUUCUCCAACAGCUACAAGAUGAAGCUCAGUAUUCUCCUCGGAUGGGCCCACAUGACAUGUUCUUUGGUCCUCUCCUUCGUAAACGCACGGCACUUUAAGAAGCCAAUCGAUAUCUGGGCCAACUUCGUCCCUGGCAUGAUCUUCUUCCAGUCGAUCUUCGGUUACUUGGUCUUCGCCAUAGUCUACAAAUGGACCAUUGAUUGGUACGCGAUUGGCCAAGCCCCGCCCGGACUCCUGAACAUGUUGAUCUACAUGUUCUUAUCUCCCGGCACGAUCGAAGCGCCUCUUUAUCGCGGCCAAGGGACUGUUCAAGUCAUUCUCAUCCUCCUUGCUGUCAUAUGCGUUCCUAUUAUGCUCUUCCUGAAGCCAUUCUAUGAGCGAUGGGAGCACAACCGCGCACGUGCUUUGGGAUAUCGCGGCAUCGGAGAGAGCACGCGAGUCAGCGCCUUGGACGAUGACGACGAUGAAGAAGGCCAAACGCUUAACGGUGGCCGGGACAGCUAUGGAGAUGAUGACGAGGGUGUGGCUAUGAUCACUCAGGAUAUCGAUCAAGGCGAGCAUGAGGAGUUCGAGUUCUCCGAGGCUAUGAUCCACCAAGUCAUCCACACCAUUGAAUUCUGCCUCAAUUGCGUUUCUCAUACUGCGUCUUACCUCCGUCUUUGGGCCCUUUCACUUGCUCAUCAGCAGCUUUCCAUCGUGCUCUGGGACAUGACCCUCAAUACUGCAUUUAGCAUGACCGGUGCCAAGGGAGUCUUUGCUACUGUCUGCCUGUUCUACCUCUGGUUCACACUCACAGUGUUCGUCUUGUGUAUCAUGGAAGGCACGAGCGCUAUGUUGCAUAGUUUGCGUCUCCACUGGGUUGAGGCCAUGAGCAAGCAUUUUAUUGGGGAUGGGAUUCCCUUCCAGCCGUUCAGUUUCAAGAUAUUAUUAGAGGAGGAGCCGAUAGAAUGAUUCCGCUCUUGAUUUUCCUACAGUAGUGUACAUAUAGAUCUGUAUAAUUCCGAUCCCAGAUUUUGGUCGAGACAACCACCAUGAACCAUCUAUAUCUUUUGAAUGCCGAAGAAGUAGUUUCCCACGCUCUCACUUCCUGGAACUUCCUUCCAUCCCAACCCCGGGACGUAGACG